AUAACAUAUAUAAAGAUAUCUUAUAGGAAGUCUCUCUCUCUCUAUGAAGUCAAUCAUUAUCGUUGCCUUGUCGCUGGCUCUGUUGGGUCUGCAGGAUGUGAGCGCCAGAAGCAUAUUCGACGAUCUUGGCCAAGAGUUUGGCAAUUUUGGUAACGCCAUUGGCAAGGAAGCCUCAGCGUUUGGCAAUGCCAUAGGCCAAGCAGCCUCCCAGUUCGGCAACAAUGUGGGCCAAGCUGCUAAUAAUCUGGGCAAUGCUGUGAGCAACAGUCAGCUGGGACAGGACGCCUCCAACUUGGGCAACUCAAUUGGCAAGGCGGCCUCCAACUUUGGCCAUGAUGUGGGCCAAGACGCUGGCGAUUUGGGCCAUAUCAUUGCAUCGAAUGCAUCCAAUAUGGCUCAUGAUAUUGCCUCAGGCGCAUCCAAUUUCGGCCAUGACGUGGCAACUGGUGCAUCCGAUUUCGGCCAUGACGUGGCAUCUGGUGCGUCCAGUCUUGCGCACGACAUCGCCAAUAGCUUUGAUUCCGCUAAGAACACUGCUUCCAAUGCAGCCAACAAUGUUGCUUCCGGUGCUUCCAAUGCAGCCAACAAUGUUGCUUCCGAUGCUUCCAAUGCUGCCAAUAACUUUGGCAACGCAGCUUCCCAUUUUGCCUUCAAUGGGGCUAAUUUGCUAUAAAAAGCUGCCAAAACAAUUUGUAAUCAAUAAAUGAUAUAAAAUUAUUUUAAUUAAAACUUUUAUUUUGU